AUGCCUCCCCGUUACCCCGGCCGAGAGGAUGUCGACCCGACACCUCUGGCCCAGCCGCUGAGCUUCCCCUUCUCGACGACCGUCGCCCCCAACCGCCUCAUGAAGGGCGCCAUGUCGGAGCGCGUGGCAACCUGGGACGUCGCCGACGUCUCCAAGCGCGGUGCUCCCACCGAAGAGCUCCUGAAUCUCUACCGCAACUGGGGCACCGGCCGCUGGGGCAUCCUCCUCUCCGGCAACAUCAUGAUCGACGCGGGCCACCUCGAGGCACCCGGGAACCCAGCCAUCUCGCUCGACCACCAGCCCGUCGAGGGCGACGAGCGCUUCGAGAUGUGGCGCCGCAUAGCCGCGGCGACCAAGGCCGAAGGCUCUCUCUUCCUGGCACAAGUCGGCCACCCGGGACGCCAGGUCAUCAGCGCCAUCCAGCCGAACCCCGUCUCCGCCUCGGACGUGCAGCUGGUGACGGACUUUGGGGGCAUGACCUUCGCCAAGCCGCGCGCGGCGACGGUGGAGGAAAUUAAGAAGCUCACAGAAGGGUUCGUGCACUGCGCCGCAUACCUCGAGAAGGCCGGCUUCGACGGCAUGCAGCUCCACGGCGCGCAUGGCUACCUGAUGGCGCAGUUUCUCUCGCAGACGACCAACAAGCGGACGGACGAGUACGGCGGUUCGCUGCGGAACCGCGCGCGCUUCAUCACUGAGGUUGCCGACGCCAUCCGCGCGCGGACGGGUCCCGGGUUCGUCAUGGGCAUCAAGAUUAACAGCGUCGAGUUCCAGGAGUCCGGGUUCACGACCGACGAAGCCGCGGAGCUAUGCCAGCUCCUAGAACAGCACAAGUUCGACUUUGUCGAGCUCAGCGGUGGCACGUACGAGAAGUCGGGGUGGCACCACCAGAGGGACAGCACAAGGGCCCGCGAGGCCUUCUUCCUCGACUUCGCGGAGAAGAUUGUGCCGCACGUGAGCAAGACCAGGACCUAUGUUACGGGCGGCGUCCGCUCGGUCGGUGCCAUGCUUGACAUCUUGCAGGCUGGGCUCGAUGGUGUGGGCAUCGGACGGCCUGCUUGUGCGGAGCCAAGGUUGCCAAAGGAUAUAUUCGAGAACGGCGUCAAGAGUUGCAUCAAGCCCCUAUUCGACGAGCAGGACUUUGGCCUGGGAGUUGCCAUGGCGGGAACGCAGAUGCUGCAGAUGGGCCACAACGAGGAGCCCAUGGACCCGUCAGAUCAGAAGUCGACAGAGGGCUUGGUGAAGGACCUCACGGCUUGGAAAGCUCGGGUGGCUGAAAGUAAAGGGCAGCUAUACGGCUUCGUCAGGCUGGAGUCGGUUCCCGCGUUCCCGUAUGGGAAUGUUGCCCCGGCAAGAUUGUGA